AUGGAGGGAAAAGAGGUUAGUGAUACAACCGUCGCCCAGAUAAAGCCAGAGAUCAUUCUCUUCCGAGGAUUCACUUGGACACUCCGCCAUGUUUGGUCUCCGUUUGUCGUCAAGCUCGAGGCACGCCUACGUUUUGCUGGCGUCCCUUAUAAGGCAGCGGCCGGCACGCCAAGGGAAGCACCUCGGGGAAAGGUGCCAUACAUUCAACUGGGAAAUAACCCCGCGCUGAUCGGCGAUUCGACAAUCAUUAUCCGCACGUUGAUCGAUCAGGGAAUCAUGCCGGACUUAAACAAGGAGCUAUCAGGAGAGGACAAGGCACGAGACUUAGCUAUUAGAGCACUCUUGGAAGACAAAUUGUACUUUUUCCUGGUUCGAGAGCGCUGGGAAGACAACUACUACAAAAUGCGCGAUGGAGUUUUGGAGCCUCUGCCUUACCCGGUCCGCAUGGUUGUCGGCUACCUCGUCCAUCGCAGGACCAUGGAGAUGUUAUACGGCCAAGGCGUUUUGCGUUACACCAAAGUGGAGGCUGCAGCACUGCGUCGUGAAAUAUGGGAAGCUAUUGCUGAAAUGCUUAAGGAGUCACAAUCCAAGCUUGUGCUGCAAGGAGCAUGUCAUGAUAUUCUUAAGCCGUUUUGGAUCCUGGGGGGACAGAAUCCUACCGAGGCCGAUGCAGUUGUCUUUGGCUUCAUUGUUUCCAGCCUGGUUUGUGAGGCGGGCCCCGAGACAGCAAACAUGAUACGGAGCUUUCCUGUGCUUUUGCAAUACGCCACCGCAAUUCACGACACGUAUUUCAAUGAGUAUCAGGGCUGGAAAUAG